AAAUAGGUACGGGCCGCCAUUUGCAUUCGUUCGGCAAAGAAAAGAUUAACAAGGGCUUAAUAUUCGUUGCUCACGCGUAAACAGCUCAAGAUGAUGGGAAGAUCGAACUAUUAACAGCAAUGGCUUGGCUUUCAUCUUUGGUUCAAAUAUAUUUCUAUUGUGAGCCGAUUUUGAGUCGAAUGAAGGGAAUAAGUUUGUCGAAAUAUUGAUCGCACGUUGUCAAGUUUGUAGUCGUUCCUCCAUAAACAAACGACAUGAAGCGAUAUCAGACUAUUAAAAAUCUUGGCGACGGCACUUACGGCUCUGUCACGUUGGCAAGGAAUUGUGAAACAGGCGAAAAUGUGGCAAUAAAACGGAUGAAAAGAAAAUAUUAUUCCUGGGACGAGUGCGUUAACUUACGUGAAGUAAAGUCUUUGCGAAAACUAAAUCAUGCAAAUGUUGUAAAACUGAAAGAAGUGAUCAGAGAAAAUGACCAACUGUAUUUUGUCUUUGAAUACAUGAGAGAAAAUCUCUAUCAGAUGAUCAAAAAUAGGGAUCGGUAUUUGCCAGAGCAAACUGUGAGAAAUAUCAUGUAUCAGAUCCUACAAGGGAUAACCUUCAUGCAUAAACACGGUUAUUUUCACCGAGAUAUCAAACCUGAGAAUUUGUUAUGCAGUGGCCCGGAGCAAGUGAAGAUCGCUGAUUUUGGUUUAGCGAGAGAAAUCAGGUCAAGACCACCCUUUACUGACUACGUCUCGACAAGAUGGUAUCGAGCGCCCGAGGUUCUGUUGAGAUCAACCAACUACAGUUCUCCUAUUGACAUCUGGGCGUGUGGUUGCAUAAUGGCCGAAAUUUAUACAUUGCGACCUCUUUUUCCCGGUAACAGCGAAAUAGAUGAAAUUUAUAAAAUUUGUUCUGUGCUUGGAACUCCAUCCAAGGACGACUGGAGCGAGGGAUAUAAACUUGCUGCUGCCAUGAAUUUCAAGUUUCCAACGAUGGUGACCACGCCGCUUCGUCAAAUCAUUCCAAAUGCAAGCACGGAAGGCAUCCAACUCAUCAAAGAUAUGCUAUUGUGGAACCCACAGAAGCGACCGAACGCGGCCCAAUCCUUGCGAUAUCCUUUCUUCAUGGUCGGAGUUGAUCUUCCCCAAACCAAAGUGAACGCUCAGCGCGGCUCGGCCAAGAAACCGGACGAUAUUCGGAGAAUCAGCGAUGCUGGAAAACCAGUUAAACCUCUCACGAAAAACCUAGUGGUUUCUUCGACGAUUAUGAUUUUGACGGGCACGCUAAAGAGAAUCGGAAUUCACAAGAACCCGCGGCAAGGUCGAUAUGAAUUCAGAGAAAAUUCGAGUGUUUUUGGAGGAGAAAGACGGAAGUGGAAGGGGCCUGCCGCCGCAAAAAGAUCCAGUCAAGAUGAUGAUCUUGAGAACCUCAUGAACGAGAUUGAGAGUUCAACUUAUAAUAACAGCAAACCUGGAGCAAAGGUUCCACCCACGAAACGACGUGAGACGCGAGACACUUUCGAAAACAAUCUUGGGCCGUUGAAAGACGGUGAUUCAAAUCGUCGCAAUCCUCCAAGCGCCAAGGAACAUUAUAUGAAACAAGCGAGAUACUUCCCAGGGCAGAGUCCUGCAGCGGCUAACAAAAUGCCUGCGAGUAAAAAAUCGUCGGUCGGCAUGGGUUUAAACGCUUCCUACCUUCCCUCGUUCCAUAAUGGACAGUCCAGACUAGGAGGAGGUUAUGGUAUUGGUGGAACCGGUAGCUCCGUUGGUGUUGGAGGGUACUGGAAACCUACAUUAUCACGACAGCCAAGUGGUCCAGUGUAUCAACCGCCAGGGGCUGCUAAACCUGGCAAGGUUGGGGGAGCUGUUCACGGCCGAACGGACUGGAGCCUAAAGUACGGUGGUGGAAGAUAAGAUUCGACCUGUAAUAAAAUUUUAACACACAUUUCAAGUGACAUUCUCAGAAUUCGCCACACUUGCAAACUUCGAGAAACUCUGUUCAACAAAAGAGUCAGCGUUUAACUCGUCUCGGGUCGUAUAGCAGACAGAAUAUAUUUAAAUCCUAUUUAUUUCAGAGUCGAAAUGGACGCGCGUGAUGUACAUAAUAAAGGCUAAACUAGAACUGCACAUGUAAAUAUAUUGUUAUAUAAAACGCCAAGCGUUCAUUCA